AGCAGCAUGGCGGCCUUAGACAGUGACAGCGAGGAAGACUUGGUCAGCUAUGGGAAGAAUCUGGAGCCGCUGGAAGAAGGUGAAAGACCAAAGAAGCCAGUUCCUCUUCAGGACCAGACUGUCCGAGAUGAGAAAGGAAGAUACAAGCGGUUUCAUGGAGCCUUCAGUGGCGGUUUCUCUGCGGGUUACUUUAACACUGUGGGCUCCAAGGAAGGAUGGACGCCUUCUACCUUUGUGUCUUCACGGCAGAACAGAGCAGACAGGUCUGUUCUUGGGCCCGAAGACUUUAUGGAUGAAGAGGAUCUUAGUGAAUUUGGAAUAGCACCUAAAGCCAUUGUGACCACCGAUGACUUUGCAUCUAAAACCAAAGACAGAAUACAAGAAAAGGCCAGGCAGUUAGCAGCAGCUGCUGCCCCGAUUCCUGGAGCUACACUCCUUGAUGACUUCGUGACACCAGCAAAGUUGUCUAUUGGUUUUGAAUUGCUCAGAAAAAUGGGCUGGAAGGAAGGACAAGGAAUUGGUCCUCGUGUGAAAAGGAGACCACGUCGGCAAAAACCUGAUUCUGGAGUGAAGAUCUAUGGUUGUGCCUUACCCCCUGGAGGCUCUGAGGGAUCCGAGGAUGAAGAUGACGACUACCUGCCAGAAAAUGUGACCUUUGCUCCCAAAGAUGUCAUGCCUGUGGAUUUCACACCUAAGGAUAACGUACACGGGCUGGCCUACAGGGGCCUGGACCCCCGCCAGGCACUGUUUGGAACUUCGGGAGAACAUUUUAAUCUUUUUGGUGGGGGACCCGAGGAGCCCGGCAAUCUUCUUGAAGAUAUUAGAGUGAAUAAAGGAAGAAAACUGGGCAUUUCAGGCCAGGCAUUCGGGGUAGGUGCCCUGGAAGAAGAAGAUGAUGAUAUUUAUGCCACAGAGACGCUGUCCAAGUAUGACACAGUUCUGCGGGACGAGGAGCCUGGAGAUGGGCUCUAUGGCUGGACAGCCCCCAAGCAGUACAAGGGUCAUAAAGACGCUGAGAAAGACCUUCGUUACGUUGGCAAAAUUCUGGAUGGAUUUUCCUUGGCCUCUAAACCCUUAUCUUCUAAGAAAACAUACCCACCACCUGACUUGCCAAAAGACUAUCGGCCGGUACAUUAUUUCAGACCUGUGGUAGCUGCAACUCCAGAGAACUCCCGCUUAUGCCAGGUGUUAUCGGAGUCAGCUGGAAAGGUGGCACAGGGCCAGGGGAUGCCAAGUAGGCACCAGCUGAAUGCCUCCAAGCGGGGGGCAAUGCUGGGAGAGACGUCCAUUCAAGGCUCAUCUACCUCAGUGUUAGAAUUUUUGACCCAGAAAGAUAAGGAGAGAAUCCAGGAAAUGAAGCAAGCAUCUGACCUGAAGACAGCUCAGGUCAAGGCCCAGAGGUUGGCCCAGCACGCAGCCCACAGCCGGCUGCAGUCCCCACCUGCAGACCCUGCACUCAGCUCCUGGCGCACGGCAUGGAACAGUGGCUGCACAAGCACCAAGACAGCCAGCAGUUUCAAACCUUUUGCGAAGGACCCAGAAAAGCAGAAGCGAUAUGAGGAGUUUCUGGCGAAUGUGAAACGCGGUCAGAAAGAUGCUCUGGAACGUUGUCUGGACCCCAGCAUGACAGAGUGGGAACGAGGCCGCGAACAGGACGAAUUUGCACGCGCUGCACUCCUGUAUGAAUCCUCCUCUUCGACCCUGUCCUCCAGGUUCACACACGCCAAGGAAGAGGAUGACACGGACAAAGUUGAAGUCCCUCGUGACCAAGAGAAUGACGUGGGUGACAAGCAGUCGGCUGUGAAGAUGAAGAUGUUUGGGAAGCUCACCCGGGACACAUUUGAGUGGCACCCUGACAAGCUGCUGUGCAGGCGCUUCAACGUCCCUGACCCAUACCCAGAUUCAACCAUAGUUGGCUUACCAAGAGUGAAACGUGACAAGUAUUCUGUCUUCAAUUUCCUGACACUUCCCGAUCCAGCCUCCUUGCCUACCACUCCAGCCUCCAGUGAGAGAGGGACACAGAACAAAGGUCCUGACAAAUCAAGAAAGCCAUCCAGAUGGGAUACAUCUAAACAGGAAAAGAAAGAAGAUUCUAUUAGUGAAUUUUUAAGCUUGGCUAGAUCCAAAGUUGAUUCACCCAAACCAGAGCCCAGUCCAUUAACAAAGAAAGAGGAAGAGCCCGUCGUGGAAUCGUCUUCAGAUCAGGUGGCAGAUAAAGGUGUGAAUGCACAGGCUGAGGGGGAAGUGAGCCGUCCACCCAUGGACUUGUUCAAGGCCAUCUUUGCCAGUUCCUCUGAUGAAAAGUCGUCCUCCUCUGAGGAUGAGGCUGGAGACAGCGAAGAUGAUGAGGCAACUGGGGAGGCUGACUUGAAAAGUUCCCAGGAGCCCAACUUGGAAAUACCGUCUGUGGCCCCCGCCAGCCAGCCUGCCCCCCAGGAGCCUGUUCCCACGCCCACCUUUCCCAUUCACAAGCUGCAGCUGGAUGAGCGGGAAGAGUUCGGCCCUCGUCUGCCGCCUGUCUUCUGCCCUAAUGCUCGUCUGGAACCCGAGCCGCCUCCAAAAGAGAAACAUAAGAAAAAUAAAGAAAAGCACAAGGCCAAAAAGGAGCACCGACGAAAGAAAGAGAAGAAAAAGAAGCACCGGAAGCACAAACACAAAGGCAAGCAGAAGAACAAGAAGUCAGAGAAAAGCAGUAGUUCUGAGAGCACCACGAGCAGUGACAGCCAGAGUGACGAGGAGGGGGUGGCGGGCUUGUCACCCCAGGAAUUGCUGAGACGGUAGGCAGUGCUACAGCAGAUUAC